AUGCCACGAAUUCUAAACACGUAUGGCGGCGGUUUUAUGCCCGCCGCAAUAAACCUUCACCCGCCGCUAAAAGAUUUUGCUGCUUUGGAUGCCUUGGAGCUAUUAGAUUUGAGUUACAAUGAAUUAACUGGAAUUGUACCUCCUUCUAUAGGAGCAUUAUCUUCUCUCAAAUCGUUAGUUUUGGAGGGAAAUAAACUUAAUUGCUCUUUACCAACUCAAGGUUUAUGUGAACUCAGGAAACUUGAAGGGUUAAAUCUUAGGUGGAAUAAUUUUGAAGGAACCCUGCCUUCUUGCCUAUACAAUUUGACAUCUCUUCAAGUCUCAUUUGCUAAUCUUUCUAAGCUUGAAUUCGUUCAAUUUAAGUGUGAUGAGAAGAUGGUCAAUAUAGAAACAGAAACUUCAGACUGGGUACCUUUAUUUCAGUUGGAAUUCCUUGUGAUAUCUAAUUGUAGUCUCAACAAGCUCUCCAAUCAAAUUCCAACAUUUCUCUUUCACCAGCAUAGCUUGAGAGUACUUGAUCUCUCUUACAGUAUGUUAAAAGGACAGUUCCCUGGUUGGUUGGUUGGAAACAAUACAAGGCUGGAAUAUGUCAGUCUUCAUGAUAACUCUCUCUCGGGUAAUUUUCAUUUGCCGCUGUGUCUCAACUUUACUUAUUGCAUGGAUGUGUCAAACAAUCAGCUCAAUGGGCAGCUUCAAGGAAAUAUAGGGAAUAUGCUACCAGAUAUAUUGAGUCUAAAGUUAUCCAAUAAUACUCUCAGUGGUUCCCUCCCAUCCUCAAUUGGCAAUAUGAGUCUUUUGAGCACAUUCAGUGUUUCCUUCAACAACUUCUUCGGAGAAGUACCAAAAAAGUUAUUAGCAGGUUGCUCCGAGCUAAUGAUCAUGGAUUUAUCUAAUAAUAAUUUCGAUGGCCAUUUAUUGUCAAGUGAUUUUAACUUGACUAUGUUAGAGGCUUUGAUAAUAAAUGACAAUUCGUUCUUAGGAACUAUGUCAAAUGAAUUUUCCCCACAAACUUUUGAUUCUUUCUUCUUGGAUGUUAGCAAUAACAACAUGUCAGGUAAGAUUCCUACUUGGAUAUGCAAUCAAACAUGUUUUUCUACUCUCUUUUUGGGAAAUAAUUAUUUUGAAGGUGAAAUUGUAUGUGAAACAACUUCAUUUAGCUUUUUGGACCUUUCUCAUAACUUUCUUUCGGGAUCUUUACCUUCGUGGUCAAGCAAUGCUUUACAAUAUUUAAAUUUGAAAGAGAAUAAAUUUUCAGGAUCAGUACCAGAAGCUUUUCUCAAUAUUUCAAUGAUUGUGACAUUAGAUAUCAGUGACAAUAAGUUGUCAGGAAUCAUUCCAAGUGCAAUCGGUAAACUUUCCUACUUAAGAAUUUUGUUGCUGAGAGGAAAUCGUUUGAAUGGCACCAUUCCAACUCAGUUAUGUAAACUGAUCAAUAUAAGCUUAAUGGAUCUCUCUAGAAACUUCUUUUCUGGGACAUUACCUCACUGUUUUCGACACAUUGUCUCUAACGAGACUCUGUAUUUUGGUGAUUUUUUCUCAAGAGAUGUGGAGCCCUUCACUUCCAGACCUAAGGGUGUCUACGAUGGUGUACGUUUUGAACGUCACAAAAAAGACAUUGAAGUUAACUUUGUUACUAAAUAUAGGCUUAGCUCUUACAAAGGUAGCAUUCUUCUUCACAUGUCUGGUUUAGAUUUUUCUUGUAACAACCUAACAGGUGUAAUCCCACCUGAACUUGGACAGUUACAAGGAAUUCGUGCACUAAACUUGUCUCACAAUCAGUUCACGGGUUCCAUUCCGGAAACAUUCUCCAACUUGGCUGUACUAGAGAGAUUGGAUCUUUCUCAUAAUAAGUUGAGCGGAGGUAUCCCUCCACAAUUGAUUAAGCUUACCUUUUUGGCGGUGUUCAGUGUGGCUUAUAACAAUUUAUCAGGUAGGACCCUAGAUAUGAAAGCCCAAUUUGGAACUUUUAGUGCAAGAAGCUAUGAAGGAAAUCCACUUUUGUGUGGACUACCAUUGGUGAAAAACUGCACCAAUAGAGACAAUCCAUCUCCAACGCCAACACAAUCCUCAGAUGCAAGUGAUGAGAAAUGGUAUGAAGUAGAUCAAGCAGUCUUCUUCACUAGCUUUUCGGUGACUUACAUCAUGUUCUUCCUGGGAGUUAUUACUGUUCUUUAUAUCAACCCUCAUUGGCGACUGUGGUGCUUCAAUUUGGUUGAGGAUUUCAUGUAUUUUUGUUAUAUUUCAACUAGCAUUACUUUGCGUAAGUUAUUUGUCCAUUUGUAUAAUUAA